GUCCAAUUUUAUAAUUUUCUUUUAAUUUUGGGAGGUAAGCAUGUGGGAAUAGUUGAUUUAGGCAACAUUGGUCUAAAAGUUGCAACAAGGCUAGAGGCAUUUGGCUGCAAAAUUUCAUACAACUCUAGGCAAAAGAAACCAGUUCCCUACAACUUCUACCCAAACGUUUGUGAACUUGCAUUGACCUGUAACAACCUCGUCAUAUGCUGUACAUUGACCGUCGAAACUCGUCACCUGAUUGACAAGGAUGUUCUAAAAGCAUUGGGAAAGGAUGGCAUUCUCAACAACAUUGCUCGUGGACCCAUAGUUGAUGAGAAAGAACUGGUGAAAUUCUUGGUUGAAGGUGAGAUCGCAGGUGCAGGUUUGGAUGUGUUUGAGAAUGAACCUAAGGUUCCUCAAGAGUUAAUUGCAUUGGAUAAUGUUGUUCUUCCACCACAUAGAGCUGCUUUCACUGAAGAAGCUUUUCGCGAUGCUUUCCAACUUGUUCUGGCUAACUUAGAAGCAUUUUUCUCGAAUAUACCAUUGAUUUCUCCAGUAAUAGAUGAAUGA